AGAGUAGCGAACACGCAGUAUAUUUGAAUGGCGGCAACCUUCACCAGCAAAAGCAGUUCGCCGGUAUUUUCUCCUCGAAUUAAUCUCUUAAAACUUAAUUAAAGCUCAAUCAUUGUACAAUGACUGACACUAAAUUAUCUGUGGACGAGGCCGAGUUGUACGACAGACAAAUUCGAUUAUGGGGCAUCGAAUCUCAAGAAAAAUUAAGAGCAGCGAAUGUUCUCCUGAUUAACGUGCGAGGAUUGGGCUCUGAAAUAGCAAAGAACAUUUUGCUCUCUGGCAUCAACUCACUUACUCUUCUUGAUGAUGGAGUUGUAACUGAAGAGGAAGUAUUGAAGAACUUUUUAUUAUCAAAUUCUUCAAUUGAUCAAAAGAUUGCUGAAUCAGUGGUUUUGAAAGCACAAGCUUUAAAUCCUCUGGUGAAAAUUUCCACAGAAACUGCUUCUAUUGAUUCCAAAGAUGCUAAGUAUUUUGCACAAUUCACUAUUGUGGCUGGUACUAGGCUCAAAAGGUCACAGAUUCUUAAAAUCUCAACUGCUUGCAGAGAAUAUAAUGUAAAGUUCAUUUGUGGUGAUAAUUUUGGGAUGUUUGGGUAUACUCUUGCUGAUUUUCAACAACAUCAGUAUUAUGAGGACCGAAUUCAACUCACAUCUGGUAAAAAACGAACACAUGGAGGUAGCACAACUUCAGAAACUAAAAAAGUUAGUGCUACUCUUUCCUAUCCGGAUUUGGGCGAUGUUCUAACUCUUCCCGAAACUCCAUUGAAGCCUAAACGACGAAAUGUCUACUUUUAUUUGAUGCAGGUUAUGCUCAUGUUUCGUGAAAAAUUCAAUCGCGAUCCAAACAUUUCCACCAAAGAUGAUGACAUUCAACAGUUGAAAGAAAUAAAAGAGAAGAUUUUCCAUUAUUAUUCGGUGAAUCCAGAUAAGAUGGACGACAAAGUGUUGAAUUUACUCUUUGGCGAAGUAGUUCCCAUUUGUUCCAUUAUCGGUGGAGUUAUUGCGCAGGAAAUUAUCAAAGCUGUUUCUGGUAAAGAGGUUCCCAUUCACAAUGUUUUUCUUUUGGAUCCUUUUACUUAUGCUGGACGCGAAGAGCGCAUUGAAGCAAUGAAUUUGUAAUUCAGUACAUUAUUUAUUCCUAUAAUUUAAUAAUUUCAUAUAUCUGAAAAUAAACGAAUACUUUUCCAUAAA